CGAGUGGAUAGCCUUCCUUAUUCCGGGACUUUAAAAAUGAAAGAAAAAUGCUGUAACUCAUAUGUAACUCAUAUAAGAUGCUGCUUGGAAGACUGAGUGACACGGGCUACCGUCUGGAAUAUUUCCCGUGCGUUUUGCUGUUCGUAGAUUUAUGAGUUACUAACUUAUGUGAGAAAUGCUGACAUAAUAGAUUUAUUGUGGAGAAACAAUGAGUGUUUAAGUAUAAGAGAAAUUCGGUCGUGCUAUUUAACUGAAUGGAAUUACAUUAACGUUAUUUGUUAAUUGAAUUUCUGGUAGCAAUCCACGUGCGGGUUGGUAUGAAGUGUUGAGACAGUUAUCUUUUCUGUGAUGAUGCAUUUAUUUUGUCCACGAAACCACCCUUUGAGGUAACAUCUAUUUAGCUGUGAUAACGCAUCUGAGGAUUAACUUACGUUCACUAUAACAUUCACUAUGACAUUCCAUAAUACUUGGAUUACUUUUAUAUUAUGGACUUGCAUUGUGGUCAUAUGGACGACUGUGGACUGCGAAGGGCGACGUUCCCAGCAAUACCAGGCGGACGGACAGGUCACGUCGUUAAAGGGAGCAAACGUUUGUGGGUCUGCAAACCGUCGGCGGUGUUGUAGGGGCUGGUCCAUACCACAGGGCAGUACAAAGUGCGUUUUGCCAAAAUGCAGUGGAAACUGUGGAGGUGCAGGAAAUUGCAUGAGGCCAGGUCUUUGUUUGUGCUUCACCGGGGAGCUCGCCUCUUACUGCGGAUCAUCUGGUGGAGGAGGAAGCCUGUUAUCCUUGUGUGAGCCAGCGUGUCAAAAUGGUGGAGUAUGUGUAGCCAGAAACCUGUGUCGUUGUCCAAGUGGCUUCUCGGGUGGAAGUUGUGAAAAUGACCAGCGAACGGGACCAUGUUAUACCAACCUUGAAAACAACAUGUGUCGAGGCCAGAUCCCUAAUGUUGUGUGCACAAAGCAUCUGUGUUGUGCUACAGAGGGCAUGGCAUGGGGUGAUCCAUGCGAAGCGUGCCCCGCAAACCCCCAUCCCUGCCGCAGGGGCUACGUUCUUAACCUUGCCAAGAACACUUGCCAAGACAUAGAUGAGUGCAAGUACAUACCGGGUCUGUGUGUGAGCGGCACCUGUAUCAACACUGUGGGCUCCUAUAUGUGUGACUGCCAGCCCGGACAGAGGCUUAACACCAUCACUGGCGUCUGUGAAGACAUCAAUGAGUGUUUGGAGCAGCGAGACAUCUGUAACGGGGGCCGUUGUACGAACACAGAGGGCAGCUACUUCUGUACAUGCGGACCAGACUUUGAGACCACGCCCGAUAGGUCCAGUUGUAUUGCUGUGAGGAAGAACUACUGUUUCCAACGUGUGGUGAAUGGAAAGUGUACAAGUGGCCUGCCAACCAAGACAUCUUUGUCUGACUGCUGCUGUGGGGUGGGCAAGGGCUGGGGAUCCGAAGACUUGUGUCAGCUCUGUCCGGACAGAAAUACAGAUGCCUAUGAAAGACUGUGCCUUAGACCGGAGCCCAUUGGCACAGAUGAGUGUUCAUACUUCAGCAAUCUCUGUAAGAAUGGUCGAUGUGUUGACACCACAUAUUCGUACAGAUGUGAGUGCUACGAUGGCUACAGGUACUCCGAGUCACAGGGAGAAUGUGUCGAUGAGGAUGAGUGUGCUAUCCAGACAGGCCUUUGUCAUAACGGCCAGUGUGUCAACCUUCCAGGCAGCUAUGAAUGCAAAUGUAAAGAGGGCUUUGUCCUCGCCCCUGGGGGAAGAUAUUGCACAGACAUGAAUGAAUGUGAAGAGACAAACAUGUGUCCCAAUGGGAAGUGUAUCAACAUGGAUGGCUCAUACAAGUGUCAGUGUUACAGAGGAUACAAGCAGUCACCCAACCAGCAAGUCUGUAUUGACAUAGAUGAUUGCAAUGAGAAUGGGAGACUGUGUUUGAAUGGGCAGUGUCUGAACACCCCAGGUAGUUACAAAUGUAUCUGCAACCAGGGAUACCGAAUCUCACCAGACGGCGCUUUCUGCCUGGAUGACAAUGAGUGUGAGAAGAGUGGCAUGUGUUCCAACGGUCUGUGUAAGAACAUGGAUGGCAGCUACGUGUGCAUAUGUAGCCCCGGAUACCAGCUCUCACUUGCGGGCAAUGUCUGCAUUGAUAUAGAUGAGUGUAGCAGCCAGUCUGGCGUCUGUAGGGACGGUCAGUGUAUCAACAACCAGGGUAGUUUCAGAUGUGAGUGUCCCAGAGGCUUCACCCUGGGGCCUGACAGGAGGUCAUGUCUUGACACCCGUAAGGACCUGUGUUUCCUGCACUACAGUCGUGGCGUGUGCAGCAGUCCCUCCCCGAUGAUUGUGACCAAGUCCACCUGUUGCUGCAUGGUCGACUCCAUGGAUGCCCCAGGGAUCGCCUGGGGAGCGGGUUGUGAACCCUGCCCCUCCAUGGCUGACCUAGAGUUUAAGACCCUCUGUAAACAUGGCUCUGGCACGGACUUCAAUGGAGGAUCUAUCAACCACUGCGCUCUGAUGCCUGAUAUAUGUGAAAAUGGAGCAUGUGAGAACACACCACGCUCCUACCGAUGUGUGUGUAACCCGGGAUACAGGCCAGAUUCUUCCGGCAAGAAGUGUGUCAACAUAGAUGAAUGUGUGAGUAACGCACGGCUGUGUGAGGGUGGCCAGUGUCGGGACACACCAGGAUCCUUUGUGUGUGUAUGCCCCUCCGGCACUCGCCUCGACCCAGACAACCACAUGUGUGAGGACAUAGAUGAGUGUGCGUCCUCCCCGUGUGAAGGAGGCACUUGUGUUAACACAGCUGGAAGCUUUAGGUGCAGGUGUGGUUAUGGCUACACACUUGAUGCCACUGGACUUGUCUGCAUUGAUGAUCGACAGGGUGCAUGCUGGCUAGAGAUUAGGGAUGGUCAGUGUGAGUCGAAUGUGAAACGCCCCAUGUUGAAGGCUGAGUGCUGUAACACCAUCGGCAAGGCCUGGGGAAGCCCCUGUGAACCAUGUGCCUCCACAUUUUCAGACAAAUGCCAAAGGGGAUUCAUGUACAGAGGCGAUGGUUGUGUUGAUAUCAAUGAGUGUGCGGUGAUGGCGGGUCUGUGUCGGGGUGGGGGAGUGUGUGUCAACACUGAGGGGUCUUUCACCUGUCAGUGCCCCGCAGGCAUGGAUAUUGAUGCUGCAGGAACAACAUGCCUUGACAAGAGAACGUCUACAUGUUACCUGGACUACCAGCGUGGGCAGUGUUCCCGGGGGCUUGAUGGUCUCUAUACUCGGUCUUACUGCUGCUGCUCUGUGGGGCGUGCUUGGAGCCAGCUGUGUGAACCCUGUCCAGCUAAGGACUCAGCUGACUAUAAAGCUCUCUGCCCUUCUGGAGGUCACGGUGGAGAUCCUGAUUUUCCCAUUGACAUCAACGAGUGCCGGGAGAUUCCGGGUAUCUGCACCAAUGGCCAGUGCAGGAACACCCAGGGCAGCUUCACCUGCACAUGUGACCGUGGAUUUGCCCUUGACAACAGGGGACUUAACUGUACUGACAUAGAUGAGUGUCGAAUAUCAUUUGGUGUGUGUGCAAAUGGUGUGUGUGUUAACACAGAGGGUGGGUUCCGCUGUGACUGUGACACGGGAUACAACCCUGUCAUGAUGGCACAGAUGUGUAUGGAUGUUGAUGAGUGUGCGGAUGACCGGUCGUUGUGUCGCGGGGGAACCUGCACCAACCUGCCCGGGUCAUUCAGCUGUGACUGCCCUGAUGGCCUUGAACUUUCAGAGGAUGGCACCAAGUGUGUUGACAUAGAUGAAUGUGGCUCUAGCAGCAGCAUCUGUUCCAAUGGUUACUGUGAGAACUACAUGGGUGGCUACCACUGCACCUGUCUCCCUGGCUUCCAACCCAACACUGACAGGACUUCAUGUGUUGACAUAAACGAGUGUGCAGCGAACAACGGUGGUUGUGAGAUGUUGUGUGUGAACAGCCCCGGCAGUUUCUCAUGUGGAUGUGAGGUCGGCUUCACUCUCAUGCCCAAUGGCAGGUCUUGUAAAGACUACAAUGAGUGUCGUGAGAAUGGAGACAUCUGUAAUGGUGGGAAGUGCCAGAACAUCCCGGGAGGAUACAGAUGCACGUGCACUGGGGGACUGAGACCUUCCGAUGACAUGAAACAGUGCAUAGACAUAGAUGAGUGCCAGGAGAACCGGCUGUUGUGUCGUAAUGGUGUGUGUGAAAACACCCUGGGAUCCUUCCGCUGUAACUGUGACAAUGGGUACGAGGUGGACGGCAGUAGAUGCAUUGAUGUAGAUGAGUGUAGUACAGGGAAGAACAACUGUGAUGAGAGUGCACUGUGUUACAACUCUCCGGGCUCCUAUCGCUGCCAGUGCAAGAUAGGGUAUGAAGGAGACGGAAUUACUUGCAGAGACAUCAAUGAGUGUCGUCGUGAUGGCAUCUGCUCUCCCAGCGCGGUGUGUAUUAACGAGCCAGGCAGCUACUCUUGCGUCUGUGAGGAGGGCUUCACCGGAGAUGGAAUUGUAUGUAGAGAUGUGAACGAGUGUGAGCUUAAUGCUGACAUCUGUAGGAAUGGCCAGUGCUACAACUUCCUGGGAGGUUAUCGGUGCUCCUGUGAUAUGGGCUUUGAACGAGCUCCAGAUGAGAAAUCUUGCAUUGACAUCAAUGAGUGCGACAUCCCGAACCUGUGUGUAAAUGGUGUAUGUGAGAACACGGACGGCGGUUACCAAUGUCUGUGUAAACAGGGAUUCAAACUGGAUGUAUAUGGUGGAAAUUGUACUGAUAUCAAUGAAUGUGAGAACCUGGAGAACUGCCUGUAUGGUGUGUGUGUAAACACCAUCGGUGACUACUACUGCGAGUGUCCACCAAACUUCCAACUCAACUCUGCAGGCACUGGAUGUGUGGACGUGCGUAAAGGGAGUUGUUACCUGGACAUCUCUCAGCAGAGAUUGACAGGUGUAUGUAGCCAUGUGAUCUCCCAGAGUGUGGGGCGAGCGGGCUGCUGCUGCAGUGUGGGACGGGGCUGGGGCGAGACCCCGGGCUACUGUGAGCCUUGCCCCCGCAACAACACCCAGGAAUACAAGGAGCUGUGUGUGGCAGACUCUGGCUUUAGGCCUGACCCUGACUCUCUGCUGCCUAUGGACAUUGAUGAGUGUAGAGAGAUACCUGGAAUAUGUAAGAAUGGAGAUUGUCAGAACACGUUUGGAAGCUACAAAUGCAUCUGUCCGGAUGGCUACAGACUCAACCUGUACACACAAGAAUGCAUUGACAUAGAUGAGUGUGCGGAGUACCCAGGCUAUUGUGGACUGGGCACAUGUGUCAACACCGCGGGCAACUUCUCCUGCCUCUGUCCUGAUGGAUACAUGCCCAUGCCUGGGGAGGGAUGCAUGGAUAUGCGUAAGGAUGUAUGCUAUGCAGCCUUCUUCAACACCACAGUUCCAGGCCGUCCUCCACGAUGUGAGCACGAGCUCUCGAGCCUGGUGACGCUCCGACAGUGCUGCUGCGUUGGAGUAGUUGGCCAGGGCUGGGGCACUCCAUGUCAACCAUGCCCAGUGAAAAACUCAAGGGAAUACCUGGACUUAUGCAAACCACUUCCUAUUAGAGAGGACACAAAUGAGUGUUCCAUCUACCAGUUUCUAUGUGAGAAUGGCCGAUGUAUUGACACAAACACGGAGGAGGGCUUCCUGUGUGAAUGUGGGGUUGGCUACACAUACAAUCCCCUCAGCAAACGAUGUGAAGAUGUUGAUGAGUGUCGUGAGAGGAGAAACCCGUGUCACCAGAACUCCAUCUGUAUCAACACGCUCGGCAGUUUCCACUGUGAGUGCAUUCCUGGAUACCAGCUCUCUUCCGGUGGACGCAGGUGCCUUGAUAUCAAUGAGUGCGAGGAUGUGUCUGGUAUCUGUGCAAAUGGUGAAUGUCGGAACCUAGAUGGCUCCUACCAGUGCAUCUGUAAGCAGGGAUUCAGGCUUGCUCCAUCCAGGGACUCUUGUCUUGAUGUAAAUGAGUGUGAACUGCAGCCUGAUGUGUGUCGUAAUGGGACGUGUGAGAACAGGAUCGGGGGCCACCAGUGUCACUGCUCCCCGGGCUUCGUUCUCACUGACAACGGUGACUGUGAAGAUACUGAUGAAUGCCGUGACUUCCUGGGUAUCUGUAUGAACGCCCGCUGCAGGAAUUCCCCAGGCAGCUUCGAAUGUAUCUGUCUCCCGGGCUAUACACAGUCUUCAGACCGCAUGAACUGCAGAGACAUGGAUGAGUGUACAGAGAUCAGAGGCCUGUGCAGGAACGGGUUCUGCCUCAACACAGAUGGCUCGUAUCAGUGUAACUGCUUUGAUGGCUACAGGCUCUCCCGUAAUGCUGACAGCUGUGAGGACAUCAAUGAGUGUCGUACAGUAGAUGGUCUGUGUGCCAAUGGUCAGUGUGUCAAUGAGGACGGUAGUUUCCGAUGUGUGUGUCCUGCUGGCUACAUCCUCACUAACGAUGGACGCAGCUGCAUAGACUUGCGGCAGGGUAAUUGUUACCGAACAUUUGAGCGAGGCCAGUGCCUAAACCCGCGGCCUGUGAACCACACCCUGGCCCAGUGCUGCUGUACUGGGGGAUCUGCCUGGUCCUUCAUUGGAUCCGAGCUCUGUGAAGUCUGCCCAAUACCAGGAGAACAGAGAUUUGAGGAGGUGUGUGGAUCGGAUCCCGGCAGACAUAGGGGACCCAGUGGGGAACAAGACCUGAAUGAGUGUAUGUUGGACCCUGAUCUAUGCAGGAAUGGCCGUUGUAUCAAUACAGAUGGCUCGUUCCGCUGUGAGUGCUCACCCGGCUUUGUCCUUGACUCCUCUGGAAGGACGUGUGUAGAUAACGAUGAGUGUCGCGUGAGGAACAUGUGUGGGGAGGGAAGGUGUACAAACACUAUUGGCAGUUUCCGCUGUGAAUGCAGGCCUGGAUUCCUCCCCGGACCAAAUGAAGUCUGUGAAGACAUAGAUGAGUGUGCGACAGGUGACAACAACUGUGCAUUCCGCUGUGCCAACAUACGAGGCUCAUUCAGAUGUGUUUGUCCCAUGGGCUAUCAGCUGGCUGAUGACGGCAUGCAUUGUGAAGAUGUUGAUGAAUGUGCUAGUGGCGGGCAUAACUGCCGUUACGCAUGUAAGAACCUGGUGGGAACAUUCAUGUGUAUCUGUCCUGAGGGCUACAGGGAAGCCGGCAGGGACCAGUGUGUCGACAUAGAUGAGUGUCGGGAGCAGGCUGGCUUGUGUGAGCCUGGGAGGUGCAGGAACAUCCAGGGUGGCUUCAGGUGUGAUUGUCCCCGUGGAUACACAACCUCACAGGACGGAAAAUACUGCCUUGACCAGCGCGAGGACUACUGUUACCUGGAGCUAGUGUCAAGGCGGUGUGUGACCACAGCAGAUGUGCGGGUGACAACUCAGGCCAGCUGCUGUUGCUCUGGGGCAGCGGCCUGGGGACGAAGGUGUGAAACAUGCCCACGGAGAGGCACAGCUGCCUUUGACAGAUUGUGCCCAUCUGGAGGAGGUUAUGACGUUGAUGGAAAUGACAUAGAUGAGUGCCGAGUGUUGGCCAAUGUGUGCCAGAAUGGCCGCUGUCUGAACACCAUGGGGUCAUACAGGUGUAUCUGCAACAAUGGCUACAAGCCUGACACCUCAGGAUCACAGUGUAUAGACGUGGAUGAGUGUGUGGAGGGCCGCGCUCCAUGUGAUGGCACCUGUCAGAACCUGGAAGGCUCGUUCCUCUGUACAUGCUCUGCCGGUUACGUCCUCAACAUGGACGCCAGGACAUGCAAGGACAUAGAUGAGUGCAGUACCGGCCAGCACAACUGCCAGCAUGAAUGUGUUAACACAGAGGGUAGCUACACAUGUGGCUGUCCACCAGGCUUCAACCAGGCCAGGGAUGGACAGUGCUUAGACAUUAAUGAGUGUAUAUUAGAGUCUCACCUUUGUUCCCCGAAUGGCCAGUGCAGGAACACCCAGGGCAGCUUCCAGUGUGUGUGUGACCAUGGUUAUAAGCUUGACUCCACUGGCAGGCUGUGCAUAGAUGUAAAUGAGUGUGAAGGUGGCGAGUGUGAGAAUUUGUGUGAAAACAGUGCGGGUGGCUUCUACUGUGGCUGUCCCGAGGGCUACACCGAAUACUGGAACCAGUGUAUAGAGAUAGAUGUGUGUUCAGGCACCCCAUGCGUGUAUGAGUGUAUGCCGACUGGGCAGCAGUUCCAGUGUGGAUGUCCCCCAGGCUACCAGAUGAUAGGAGAGGGGCAUUGUAUCCAGACAAUAUCGCCCUCAGAGUACAAGAACAUGUUCCCACCGGGUGUGGAGCUCCCCCACGAGUCAUCUCUAGGGGUGGGGGAGUUACCCCCAGGGGAGGGAUGCUACUCCUGCAAUAUUGGUGAUACUCCACUUGACGUGCCACUGUCCAAGAGGAUGAAAAGAAGUACAGGUAUAGUACAAGACGGUGAGUCCUCCCAGUACAGCACUGGUAUCGCAGCUAACAUGGGGGAUGUGGUGAUUGAAGACCUUCAUUCACAGCAAGCAAGAUUCCGACCCAAGAUACUCAGGAUCACCAAGAGAGAGGCCAUGCGACAGAAGGGUAAAAACAGACGCCACGCUUCUAAAAAGGAGAGAGAGGGAGGAUACAUGGAGUUGAAGGCAGCUAAUGAGACCACAGUUGAUAUUACCCAUCCUUUGCCAGUAUAUGUCGAUCUCUCAGACGUCAGCAGAAAAACCAAGCUCGUGAAAAUAGUUCCAGCUCUCUCCGCUCUACAAGGCAAUGUGGAUUAUAAAAUCAUCAAUCGAAAUGACAAACUCUUCUUUAUACGGGAAAAACGAGGAGUGAGCUCCCUGCAUGCCAAGCGCAAGAAGCUUUCCCCAGGGAUGUCAUAUCAUCUAGAUAUUGAGGCCCUGCCAAUGCAUGAGGAGGCGGAAAUAGCUGGACACAAUGUUCAUAUCGGAAAAACUGUCUUUAGAUUUUUUGUUAACGUGUUGUAACAGUUAGAUUUCUCAUAGAUAGGUGGAUAUACUACAGUAAUGCGUGUGUAUAGACUGUUAAUAUGAAAGUGUAUGUAAUAUUACUAUGUUGUGAACAGUGCUAGUUCCUUUUCAAAUUGUCGAAGACAGCAUGAAAGUGCCUUUCAUAGUUUUGAUGAAUUAUUGUGAAGUUUCUGAGAAUCGCGAGUCAUGUUAUAAAUGUAUGUUGUACCUGGAUACAAGAAAAUGGAUAGCAUUGUUUAUGUCUGUAACUGCAUCAUUUUUAAAUGGCACAUGUAUACAUUUUCGAUUCUAGGGUAAAGCAGAGUUUGUAGAAUUCAUAUACAUGUAUGUUUAUUAAGUAGGUAUGUUAUUUGUAUACUGUGUAAAGGAGAAAUGUAUAUCCUAUGUAAAGGGCAUGAUCGUGUAAUAGCAAUAUGUGUUAUAUACUGGUAAACAAAUUAGUUACCUGACCUUGUGUCCAAAACUCAUGUUAGAUAAAGUAAAAUAUUUCUGUGCUAGUAUUUUUCCUUGCGGUCGCAUGUAUAGUAAGGCUGUUUAACUCUUGCAGAGAGAACAUAUAUAUAGUUCUUAAACUCCAUAUCAUAGCAUGUGUUAAGAUAAAAUAGAACCUUACUCUGAAGACAAUCAAAAAUUGUAACCUUUGGGAUUGUGAUGUAUUUAUAAAUGUAUAUUUGAUAUGACUGAUAUAUUUCCUCUACAACAUCAUGAAUAUCUGCAACCAUGUAUGGCCAAUAUGCAGUUGUUAGAAGAAGCGAUCAUGGAAAAAUGCAACAAUUAGUAAGAAUGUAUUGUUUUUAAUGCUUUCAAAUCAAAGCCAUGCUUUCCAAUUGGUGUAAUUUGCUCUGCAAUUUUUAUAACACCAAAAACAUGUGUAUUAAGUGAAGUCACUGACAUGAUCUUAAGUCUAGCUACAGUGUAGCAUUCUUUAUAACAUUGUAAUGAAUUCUACAUGGAUUGUUUAUGCUUAAGAACUUUCAGGGAAAAGAAUAUCAGGUACAGGGACAUUUUAUUUUAAUUAACAAAAUGUACAGCAAAAUAUCUCUUGACAGAAUCUGACAUGUAAUUACAAUCUGUAAUUAUUACAACUGACCAGUUCACAAGUGCCAGUAGAUGUUUUAUUCAUAUAUAUUUAUAUAUAUUUUGCUUAUAAUAAAUAAUUGCUUUAUCA